GUGUUUUGUAGGUCAGAGUGCCGGCCAGCUUUUGAAAGGGUUUUUUGUUUUCGUUUGACUGAAAAGGUGGAACUAUAUGUUCGACCCAUAGGAACUAUUAGUCUUUCAACACGAACGCUUUGCACAAGAUGCAACCAACUUUUCUGGAAUCGCUUUGCAUAUAUAUGUCGCAGUUUUUACUUACUAAUUGGAUUUGGUUGGACGCACAAAACCUUGAUAAACCAAUACAAAGCUCCCGUCACUUACUUUCGCAUUCCAAAAGCUAUGUAUUUAACCACUCCGAAGCGUCAAUUCCAGCAAUGGAACAUAUAUCCAGUCUAAUUUUACAACAAGAUCAUUUGAAUGUCACGAGAGUUCACGCUGCAACGAGCGCUUCGGGGACAUCUGAGUCCUCUUGGAAUUUCGGGUCACAACGUAUGUCAAAUGGGCAUUUCAGUUUAAAUCCUUCGCUAUGCAAUAUAACUGCUCAAACGACCGUCGUUAAGCAGAGUGCAAAAUGGUGCUGCUACGUGCAGUUCGGAUCUUUGGAAGACAACCUAAUCAGUGCCAAAUUGAUCAGCCUCAUUAACGGUCGCAUCAGACCAUCGGAAACACCCAGCACCCCAUCUGUAUGCCGGGAACUACCAAACUUUUCCAAAGUUUUGCUACAUUGCGACACGACAAAGCUCCAAUCAAUGAACCAACCCAAACAGAAUGGCAGAGUUAUAGUACAGGAAAAAUCGGCAUGCUGCUUCUGUUUUGACCGGGGCGUGGACCGAAAUUUGUGCUGUUUGUACCGAUUUACACGGCAGCUUACUAGAUCAGGCGAUUCUGGAAUCACAACGGGCAUGCCUGAGACCAAGAAAAUGGAGCGCAAAUGCUUUCAAAGUAACGGAAUACAGGCGCCUAUCGGUUUGCCGACUAGGCCUCGGAUAAAACGAUCAUUCUCAGCCGAUUCAAUUGAGCAAUUCGACCCCCAAAUAGCGCAACCCAGAAACCUCCAAAUUGUUCCAUAUCGGUUUGGAGCCUUCAAUAUUUCUUGGACACCAUCUCCGGAAGCGAAACGAUGGGUUACACACUAUGAGUUGGUUUUGAUACCUUUAGGGCAGCAGUCUACUCAGGAUGAGAUUUCACGCUGCUCGACGUAUUUGAGAAACCACAACGUAACUCCGAACAGUAUCAUGCUGCCAAACAGAAUUUCAACAGAAAUGCAGAUAACCAUAAACGUUACAGCCUCUGCUUCACAGACGAUCGUCGCCGGUCUUCCUCCGGACAGAUUCUAUCGCAUCCUGCUUUUCGCUAUGUCCGGGGAACGUAGGAGUCUCUCAGCAUCUAUGCCGUCUUCUCCCCGUGUUCCGUCUCUUCCACCCCUUACGCCUCCCAAAGAACUUCGUGUUACCUCGAGGGGAACGCAAGAAGCCAAAGUUUCCUGGAAGCCUUCCAAUUAUGCCAACUGCACAGGCGAACUCAUCAAUUACGUGAUCUUCCUAAAUUCAACUAGGCUGCUUGAGCCCAUGAUGAUAAAGUUAGACGGAAACGUCCGAAGCCAUGUUAUUAAAGACCUGAUACCAGGCACUCAUUACACCGUCCAAGUUGCCGCUUCCACCAGGGGAGGAUUAGGAGUACCAACGGAACCCGUCCAUUUCCGUACAGGGGGAGAACUACCUGAAAUAGAACUGGAUGACAAUGAAGAUGGAAGCAAACCUUUUCUUCCUGAUGAAUUAGAUGAGGCUACUACCUUACUUGACUCUUUUGAAGACGAUGAAUCCGUCCGAUCCCGCUGGACCACCGUCAGGUUGGACAACCGUGUGCAUCCACAGUUAUUUUUGAUUCCCGCGAAGAUACAAAACUUACGCGCUACAUCAGAUGCGACAUCCAUUCACUUGAAGUGGUCGGUUGCAUUAAGGAGGAUCAAACCGAAUUUGGAAUUCGAGCUGCUGCGUCUAUCUGCUGAUGAGAUUGGAACCACGCAAACAAAAGGCCAGCCACUACGUGUACACUUGGCCACUGCGGAGAAUACAGAGGAACAAGUUGGAUACUUGCCACCCGGAACAAAAUACAUCAUUCGAUGGGGCGACUUACACCCUGGCCCGGCGGAAGAUGUCGUAUCAGGCGACCAAACGGAAUAUUUAAUCCGUAAUCUAAGACCAGGAACUAUUUACUACAUACGCGUUAUCGCUGUGACUCGUCUUGGCGACGGACCUGCGGCGUACACUGUCGCAAUGACGCAUAACUUGGACGCAGGCGAUCCUAAAUUAACUACCAUUGAAACUGUCAUACCAAUGAACCUCGUCGUCCUAACUGUUGGUCCCACUUGGGCUCGAGUGGGAUGGGAGUUACCGGAGCAGCCGAGCAGUCUUACUAGUCAGUCGCUUCGGUUUCAGUUGAAAUACUAUCCAAUAAAUGAAGACCGUUCACGUCAGAUUCCCCUACAUCUAGCGAGUUCAGACCGUGUAGUUUCGACUGUCAACGUGACAAUUCCAUGGACGGAGCAAGUGGCUAAGCAACCACGGCAGUUCAAGACUAUGCUUCGCGGUUUGAAACCAGCCACUCAAUAUGAAUUCGGGGUAUGCUUACUACAAGAUCCUGUGAGUACAUCAGCAUGGCGUCGCUCAAAAGUACCCCUAGAGGAUUCGUGCUGGAGUAUGGUGCAGGGUUUUGAGACAAUUGGCCAAACUCCGGCUGACGCACCUCGGAAUGUCCAUGUGUCCGUUUCUGGAGUUAAUUCCACUCUAAAGCCCCCCGAACCUACGACAAAUCAAAUGACCUCCGUAAUAGCUCAUCCCUAUGCAUCAGAAAGAAAUGGGCAAAAUUCACAUGGUGUCAGGGUGCACUGGGAUCCGCCUUCACAGCCAAACGGAAAUAUCCUGGCCUACAUCAUCUACUGGACCACUAGUCGGCAGAAGCCAAUCAUGGAAUGGUUGGAACAUACGUCACAAGGAACUACGCGGCAAGCUGAUCUGGUUAGGUUAGAACCGAAUCAGGUAUAUUUUCUCCGAAUGAUUGCACGAAACCGACAUGGAGACUCCCCAUUUUCCAAAGUGGUCGCAUUUAGAACAGCUGAUGUUUAUGGACGGGGUGGAGGAAUGAUCAGACUCUCUAAGGAAUACCACGACCCACGAGAAAUCAAUGAGCCACUGGACCAAAUACUCGAUGACUCACAUUUCAAGUAUGAUUCGGAGGUAAAAGGCGGCGCAAAUGAAAACAAAACAGAUGCCUUCGCUAAGGAGCAAUUUCGAUGGAUCAUCGUUGGCUGUGUUCUUGGUGCAACAGUGGUGAUUCUGCUAAUAGCCACCGCUGUACUUUUCCGAAGAUGGCGUAAACUCCGACACUCUUUGGGCAUAGUGAAAAAGUUCCAAGUGAAACCACAGUACAUAACAUCAUAUCCCAAUGUGACUGGAUCCCAGGCCAAUCCCUACCCAAACCACCCCAAUUUAAGCGCUAACAAUAUGUGUGUAGGUGGCUACAAUCUGUCUGGAAGCCUUGCAGGUGCCUCACACAUCGGUCCAACGGGUGCCCACACAUCUUCGGACGUGUCCAGUGGUCAUCAGCCAGUACACAACUGCCCGAAGCAGAACUUAAUGCCCACUCAAUUCGGGUGUCUGGAGCAUUGUGUUCCAGGGCGAUCUGUCUCACAUUGUACUCAUCCCUCUCCACCAAUGACCCAACUGACCUGCUCGUGUAGAAGCAAUGUUGAUGGCGGACCAUCAAAUUUCUGGGGUUCCCCUCCCGGUUUCGUUGCUUCUUGCGUGGAAGACAGACAGUCCACUCCCGCCGGUAGUGAGAAUGGAGGCGCGGGAUCUUUCACCGGUGGUUCGGGUCAAAUGGAAAUUCUCGGCAGAAAUUCCUCCAAAAGGAUGUGUGAUCCCCCGGGGUGCUUUGGCCACGGACCAGAAAAAUCUGACGGUUAUAAAUGUCCAAAUUCCGUGAGUUGUUCCAACUGUGGUGACUGGAAUCAAAGUGCCAACGAAAACUCUGCCCGGACUAUGACAAUGUCUUUUCUUGCAAACAGUCAACAUCCAGUCAGCCGAGCCCAUUCAGACCGCUGCGAUGCAGGGCAUUGCAAACCUAACUACUUCGUAACAUCUCAAGCGAACCAAUACCCGGUGGGAAAUUAUCCCGAUGGGCACGGUGACUGCUCCCCAGACUGCGGUGCUAUGCAGCGCCACCACAAUUCAAACAUGACUGGUGGAUUCACAGGAAGUGGUAGUCUCAUCGAGGAUGAAGCAAUCGCAUCUUCACCCGCGAGUAGUUCAGCCGGUCCGUUCUACACAUCCACUCCUCCGAAUCAAGGAAAUACACGCAUAAAAUGGGACAGUGUACUCCAUCCUCACCAGAUGAACCACUGUCACGCGGGGAAAGGAGAUAUCUCCCUGACGCCUUGUAACUUUGGCCAAUCGAGAACACACAUUCGGUUCUAUGAUGGUCAAAGAGAUCGCAAAGUGUCAUCCACCCGGUGUCACACAGACCGUGGACCAUUUGGCAUGGCAACUCAAGAGGGUAACAAUGUACUGAGCUCCGAUUACGCUUCCCAACAGAGCAGCCUAAGUAACAAGUCCAGUGCUUCUAGUGCUACGGGUCACAGAUGUUCUCCGGAGCGACCCCCAUCAGAAACGCGUGCGGCGCAGGUAGGACUUUCCUUUGCUCUGGACCGCGUUCCAACGCCUGAGCCGACCCCCCGACCAGCACCUUUCAGUCGCUUAGCAGCUGGUAUUUUUAACCAGCAGCAAUCUCUUUUACAGACUAUGCCUUCGGUAGACAACUCUGCCAUAUCUCCUUCAAUUCUGAAAAAAGCAAAAUUCUUGACUACUCCUAGUAUCAUGGAAGCGAACAAGGAUGAUGAUACUCUCGAUCUCAAGAAUCCUUCGGAGUUCUUAUAUGUUGCUUCUGGAAAAGAACUUUCACGCGAAUACAGUGCGGAAGAGCUGAGUCAAGAGAUGGCCAACUUGGAAGGGCUGAUGAAAGAUCUCAACAAAAUCACCCAAUGUCAAUUCGACUGCUGAGGUACUCUUUAAACAGAUGAAGUAUUGACUGCAUAUAACUUUUCCUGCCGGCCAUAAAAGAAAGAAUUUAGCUUAAUGUUCUAUGUGAUAUGGCAGGACGAAAAGCGUAUCCGAUUCCGAGUUGUUUCAUUUCCUCUCUGUUCACAGCUGCUAUGAACACAAUCUUAAAACUUCCAGAACCCCUUUAUGUACAGUGCUGUCUAAUUUUUAAUUUCUUACUUGCUAUCGCUGCCGCUGCCUAGCUUCAAACACGCUCGCCUAUGUCACCAUUUUU